AUGGUGUCAUUUCUAGUUCUAGCCUUUCUCUUAUUGGUAUUAUUCAUUUUCAUGAAAUACAAAACCAUUAUCAAGAACUCAUUUCCAAAAGGUCCAAAAGGCCUUCCAAUAAUUGGCAAUCUUCAUCAACUUGACACUUCAAAUCUCCAUUUUCAGUUUUGGAAUCUCUCAAAAAUUUAUGGCCCUAUUUUCUCCCUUCAAAUUGGUUUCAAGAAAGCAAUUGUUGUUUCAACACCUAAACUAGCUGAAGAAAUUCUCAAAAAUCAUGAUCAUAAGGUAUCUACUAGACCUACAUCAUAUGGCACACAAAUAUUAUCUUACAAUGGCAUAGAUAUGAUAUUUUCACCAUACAAUGAUUGUUGGAGAGAAAUAAGAAAAAUUUGUGUUGUCCAUUUCUUUAGCUCCAAAAAAAUUUCUAGCUUUUCUCAUGUGAGAAAAUUUGAGGUCAAGCAAAUGUUGAAAAAGAUAUCUAACCAUGUUUGUUCUUCCAAAAUUUCAAACCUUAGUGAGAUUGUAAUGUCUGUCUCAACCUCUAUAGUAUGUAGAAUUGCUUUUGGAAAAAGUUAUGAACAUCAAGGGGGUGAGAAAAGUAGGUUCCAUGGUUUACUUAAUGAGACACAAGCGAUUUUUCUUUCGUUUUUUGUUUCGGAUUUUGUUCCUUUCAUGGGGUGGAUUGAUAAACUCACAGGGUUAGUUGCUCGUGUCGAUAACACUUUUAAAGCUUUGGAUGAGUUUUUUGAAGAAGUUCUUAAGGAACAUCUUGAUUCUAAUAAUAGGAAGAAAGAAGAAGAGAAGGAUAUAGUUGAUGUGUUACUUGAGUUAAGGAAGCAGGGUGGUCUCUCAAUUGAUCUCACCAAUGAUCACAUCAAAGCAGUCCUUAUGAAUCUACUUGUAGCAGCUAGUGAUACAAGUGCAGCCACAUCAGUUUGGGUGAUGACUGGAUUAAUGAAGAAUCCAAGAGUAAUGAAGAAAGUUCAAGAAGAAGUUAGAAACAUUUGUGGCAAAAAAGAGUUCAUAGAUGAAGAUGAUAUUCAAAAGCUUAUAUAUCUCAAGGCUGUGAUAAAAGAGACACUGAGAUACUAUGCACCAGCACCACUAGCCCCAAGAGAGGCCAGUAAAAGUUUCAUUCUAAAUGGAUACAAAAUAGAACCAAAAACAUUAGUGUAUGUGAAUAUUUGGGCCAUUCAUAGGGACCCGGAGACGUGGAAAGACGCAGAAGAGUUUAAUCCUGAGAGAUUCUUAAAUAGUGAUGUUGAUUUUAAGGGACGAGAUUUUGAGCUGAUUCCAUUUGGUGCAGGGCGUAGAAUAUGCCCUGGCAUACCAUUGGGAAUCGCCACAGUGGAAAUGAUGAUUGCGAAUCUUCUAAAUUCAUUUGAUUGGGAAAUGCCUGAAGGGAUAACAAAAGAAGUUAUAGAUAUUGAAGGGUUGCCAGGACUUGCUAGACACAAGAAGAAUCACCUUUGCCUUGUUGCCAAGAAUCACAUUUGA